AAUGGAAAUGAAUUUGAUUGAGAGUUCUCUGCUGUUAUAGAGGAAAUGUUUUAGUAAUUCAUGUUUUCAGGGCCAUUCAUUUUGGAAAAAAACACUUGCAAACACAAAGUUAAAAUAGUGCUGCCACUAAAGGUUAUUUUCAUUAUUUUUAUUUCCAGAUUAUGUUCCUGAUUAAUCGAUUAAUUAUUAACACAAAGACCCUUGAUUUAUUAUCAUAAACAACAAUAAAGAAAACAACAAAACCUUACACUUAAGAGGAUUUGCUGCUUUUCUUUCAAAAUUACUGAAACAAUUUAUCGGCUAUGAAAUAGUUCACGUCUAAUUUGCAUUCAGCUGAGUUGCAGCUUUGAUUAAAAAUGGAACAAACUUGGUUCUGCUACCAAGUGCAAGACGUCCAUGAAUGAGCGAGCGUGACCUGCUGAGUUGACACUGCGUGGUGCAGAUUUGCAGUAUAUAUGUCAGUGCUGACGCUGAGCUGGCUCCCAGGUCAGUGCUGUAACACAGGUGAGAUUUGAUACUGCCAGUUAAUAAGCUGUAAUGCUGGCCGGCCAACUGGAAUGUUGCCAAUAAUGAGUCACUGUCCUAAUUGCAAAUAUUUUUAAAUGUGUUGAUUUUUUUCUAUUGACAGACUUUCACCUGUUACUGCACUGCUUUUAUGUGUUUUUUAUGUUACUGCCUGUAAAAGAAAUAUAUUUCCUGUUUAGUGUUGGAAAGCAAUGUAACAGCUGAUAUAAAGACAUUAUCAUUUAAUAAUUGUGUCAUUACACUGUGCGUAGAAAUCCACUUCAUGCGAAUCCUCACCUUUUCGGCAGAGUAGAAAAUCAUUUCAAAAGCCACCACAAAUCUGUGCUUGCUCUGGCUCGAGCAAUUAGUCAAGCUCAGGGUACAGGUCAGAUGUUAGGGAUUGUUUUGUGCAGAGGACGGGGUAAUUCUAUUGGCCAUGGCGCUCACAGGAUGAUGAUGAUGGUAAUUGGCUAAGUGUUGGAUUGGGUGGGAUGGGACAGGGCACUAGUAAUCCAAUAGAUGGACUCACUGAGCAUAUUUAUGGACGAAAGAAAAUCCCACUGUGCAUAUAUAGCAUGAAUUCAUACAAUGUAAGAAACAGUCUAUAAGUACAGCUGAAGCAGUCAUCCAAUGCCUCCAUCUGUCCUGUUUCAACACACACACACACACACGCUGGACAAAUCUCUAACAGAUAAAGUCUGCUAUACACCCCACCUCCAAGUGAAGUUGGUCAGAAACAACAGUUAAGACAAUGGAGAUAAUACUUGCAGACUGAUGACGUACCUGCAGAUGUAUCAGCCAAUGUCUGAGUCAUCUGAGUUUGAUCUGUGUGAUCAUUGUGACCUCUCCUGUAAGGUGAUGGCUGUUGAUAACAAUAGAUGAAGACCACAUAUAGAGACAAAGCACAAGGCACUGAAGAAUAGAAUAGUUAGUUCAAACCAGUGAAAAUGAAGGCAGUUUAUUAAGUGCGCAUGUUCCUGUCAUUAUGUGAAACAAGACAUCUUCAGUGCACAAGACAAUGCUUUGGGGGACAAAAAGUGAAGCCCGGGAUUGAAAGUAAAAAAGAAAAAAGAUUGUUAGCCCGAUGACAAAAUAUAAUUUGGCAUCCCAGUGCAAUAAAUCCCGGCAAUCUAGGGGCAGAAAAGCAGUCACAAGGGUGAAAGGAGGGCAUGAUCAUUGCUCACACAGGACAGGAAUGAGGUCACGCACAGACAAGGCCGGCAGUGACGAUGAUGUGAGGGGUGUGGGUGGGAUUGGAGGUAAAGGUGGGCGGGAGAGGGAGUUAAACUGCCUGGACAGAUGGUAGUCUGGAAUUAGUUGUCAGUGGUCAACUAAACCCAUUGAAAGGGCACUACUGAAAUAGCAGACAUACUGCUAGAGAACCUAAAGCUCGCUUUAAAAAAAACCUACCUGAGGCCAUGCUAAAAGAGUUUCCCAGAAGAUGUCUGCUAAUCUGUUGGCCACUGUAGAAAAGUAAUCUUUUUUUUUUAAUGAUUUUGUAGCACUCAAAAUACUUCUCAAUAUCACAAAGAUUUUUUUAACUAAAUGGAUACAGUGAAAUCCGCUGAACCUCUAAUACUGAGUUAUUAAGUAAGAUAGUUUAUUGUUGGCAGCACCACCACAUAGCAGAACUCAAAAUUCCUACUGUUUAUAGGUAAUUUAAUAGAGGAAUGAGCUCAACACAGCUGAUGAUCUUUCUAGAUUUCCAGACCCAAUAGAGAAAAUUAGGAUCUGGGGGUUCAUUUUAGUGAAGAGCUCAGCCACCUUAAAUCCCGUAUUAACAGAAUUAACCCAGUCAUCCAUGGUAGGAGUGUGUUUCCCCCUGCACUCCUUAUCUCUCACUGUCUUACUGUGGAGACAGACACUUAAUACUCCAGCCAUCAUCUUACCUCACAACACACAGGUAAGCUUUCCCCACAUUUUUGAUCAUUUUCACUAUGUUAUUUAUCGAGUACCAUAAACAAAUGUAAGAUUCCUAAGUGGACUAUACCAUGUGUGUAAAUCUGUUUUCUUUUUUUACUUGCAGGGUUUUCUUAGUCCUCUAACAACAAUAGGCAGGGUUAAGCCAAGUAAGCAGGUAUCUAUUUUGAACAAAGGAGAAGUUCAGGAGGCACAGGAGAAGGAAAACUCAGGUGGCAAAUAUUUGCCGGUGAGUUUGUCAUUACCGACGCAUUACUAAGACAGUGAAAGAAACUACCAUGGGAAAUACCACCAGUAGCGCAAUAUCAAAGGAGAUCCUGGAGGACCUGAAGCUCAGCACCAAAUUCACUGAAAAUGAGAUCUGUCAGUGGUACGAGAACUUUCAGAAGCAGUGCCCGACUGGACGCAUCACGCCAGAAGAGUUUGAGCAGAUCUACACCCGCUUCUUUCCUGACAGCGAUGCCAAGAGCUAUGCACGACAUGUGUUUCGCUCCUUUGACACCAACGAUGAUGGCACUUUGGACUUCAAGGAGUACAUCAUUGCACUGCACAUGACCUCCACUGGGAAGACGACCCGAAAACUGGAGUGGGCCUUCUCGCUCUUUGAUGUAGACAAGAAUGGAUACAUCAAUAAGACAGAAGUGACGGAGAUCUGCCAGGCCAUAUUUAAGCUGAUCCCCAAGGAGGAGCAGACCAAGCUACCAGAGGAUGAGAACACACCCGAGAAGAGAGCCAACAAGCUGUGGUCUUACUUCGAAAAGAGAGACAACGAGCGACUGGCUGAAGGAGAAUUCAUCAAAGGUGUGAUUGAAAAUGAAAAUGCAAUGCGUCUUAUCCACUAUGAACCGAUCAAACAGUAAAGUAAUUCCUGUUUUAUACCCCCUACUUCUUUCUCAUUAGACUCUUUCAUUUAUUAUAAACUUCUUUUUUUUUCCACUUCCCCUCUCAGUCUCAGAUCCUUUCUCCUCCCUCCUCUCAAUACUUUGUGUAAAUACUCUUCUCUGCAGUGUCUUGGUUGCAAUUAACUUCUCAGUAAGUUUCAUUUUAUGACGUCAUUGUUUUACUGAUGUUUGUCAAUGAAUUUAUAUCAAGUAGAGACUAAAAGAGGUCAGUUGUGUGCAGUGUUUUAAAAGCUAAAAAGAAGAAGGUUCACAAUGACUACAGUGUUGCACUACGUGUACGAUAAAUGCUGUUCUAUUGUUAAUUAUUUAAAUGGUUCAAAUGAAAUUUUGACUCUAGAGAAAUAAGAGUUAUUAAUGAUAGUUAUAAUAUAGCACCAUACCUGACUGUUAGCUCAUUAAAGCUUUUUUACAUAACUUGAAAUGUCUUAAUAGAGAU